AAUGUUACAAAGUAGUUUUAGGCAGUGCACUCUGUUUGCUGAAAGAAGAAAUACCUACACAGCUUCACCGCAAUUAUGACUACCAGACGAAUAUGGGGCAUUCGGUUAAACAUGCAUUCAAAAAUAUCAGAGCCAUGUGGACGUGAAAAAAGACAAGUAUUGCUAGAAAUAAUGACUCCAAUGCUGACUUCUCCUGUCAAUCCUCCAGACUCCGCCAGCUCCAGUAAUUACCUCCGCUAUAUGAUGUCCCCACGUAGUUCUAUGUCCAUUACUUAUACUAAAGGACUUCUCAAUAUGCAGGGUCAAAACAACUAUUUCCUCAACAGUGCUGUACAGGUUCUUUGGCAUUUGGACAUUUUCAGAAGAAGUUUCCGAGAUAUCAAAGGUCAUACGUGUAUGGCAGAGUCUUGUAUAUUUUGUGCUUUAAAGGAACUCUUUACCCAGUUCCAGUAUAGUAGAGAGUCUUCCCUUCCACCUGAUGCUUUAAGAUUGGCUUUGGCUGAAACAUUUUUUGACCAGCGUCGAUUUCAGCUUGGUUUUAUGGAUGAUGCUUUAGAAUGUUUUGAGAAUAUCCUGAUGAGAAUCCACUUUCACAUAGCUAACCAUGAACCAGAAAACAUGUGCACCGCAAGCCACUGUAUUCCUCAUCAAAAAUUUGCUAUGACUUUAAUAGAACAGAAUGUAUGUCAUGAAUGUGGAGCAACUUCUGAACCACUUCCUUUCACUCAGAUGAUCCAUUAUGUUUCAUCUUCUGCUUUGUGCUCUCAAGCAAGCCUUAUGAUUACAAAGCAAAGGGAUCCUACUGAAUCUUUUGGUCAGUUACUACGACAAGCAGGAAGCAUGGGAGAAAUAUGUAACUGCCCAAAUUCUUGUGGUGCCAAAAUCCAGAUAUGUAGAACACUGAUGAAUCAUCCAGAAAUAGUGAGUAUUGGAAUGGUUUGGGACACUGAAAAUCCGACUUUAGAUCACAUUAUGAACGUCAUCAAAACAAUAGGCUUAACAGUAAAUCUACAAGAUAUGUUUCACUCUGUGAUUGAUCAUAAAUGGGCUAGUAGCACCACUCAUCAGUUAGUAGGGAUUGUCACCUAUUAUGGCAAACACUACUCAACAUUUUUCUUCCAUACUAAGCUGUGGAGUUGGAUUUAUUUUGAUGAUGCUUCUGUUUGUGAGAUUGGACCAAGAUGGGAACAGGUCAUAGACAAGUGUUAUGGAGGCCAUUUUCAACCACUUUUACUUUUAUAUGCUGACCCACAAGGAAGUCCUGUCUCAUCUGAAACUGCUCCAAGAAGUGUAACAGUAAUUACAGGUCACAACAAGUGUACAAGUGGAGAAGGCUCAAAAGAAGACAAACAAACUAUCUAUACUGUUCCAAUACAUUUAAACUCAUUUAAUGGAAACCACAGAAGGGCUUUCACUCCAAACCCUGAAACUUCUGGUGAAAACUUAAGCAACAUUCCACCAAGAAGAGCUAUAACCCCGAGUGGAGAGUUAUCUUACAAGAGCUUAAGGAAUGAAUUUAACCCUCAAGUAACAAAAUGUUCUUUUAAUAAUGGUAUGCUAGACACAAAUUAUCUUCUUUCAUCCUCAAAACAUCCCUAUCUUUCUACUUCAAAUCCAUCUUAUAUGUCCAGCUCUUUUCAAAAUCAUCUGAAUCAUCGUCUGACUUCAGUAUGGCCUCAGCAUCAACAUGAUGGACACUGUGGUAAUAGAAUGUUUCAGCUAGAUACUGAAGAAACAUCCAAAUGCAGAAGUAACAUUUCACCCUUCCAAAAUAAAAUGUUUAGUGAUGGAAUUUCAGAACUGAAACCAGAAAUUAGAAAAAUCAAUUAUUCUACAUCACACACAAUGCCGCAAUAUUCUAGUUGUGCUGAAAGUGAAACUGGGAAGACUUAUAUCAGUAGGGAAGCUGUUGAGAACGUUCUAAAGGCCCAGAAACUUCAAUGGCAGAAGACAAUGAAUGAAAGUGUAACAACCAGCUUUACGAGUACAUUCUGUGAUAAAAAUUCUAAGCCACAAGGUCUACAUACAACAGCUAAUGAUAUAACAUUGAAAGUUGACAUUCCUGAUUUAUCUACUUUUGAAAGACGUGAUUCAGGAAAUUGGAGUGGAGAUUGUCACAGUGCCAGUUCAUUGAGUAGCUCAUCUGUGGAUAAUGGCUUUCCUAGUAUGCUUACACAUAAUAGGCCAAAUAUCAACAUGCUGGCUUAUGGGAAUUUGGAACAAGUUCAUGUUGACUCCAAAGGUCAGGUUACAGCAGGUGACCACGGAUAUGACUCCUAUUCAAUCUCAAGUACUGAAAGUUGCCCAUCUGCAACAACAAACUCUACUACCAAACCUGAACCCCACUUGAUUCAAAUUGAUGAAGACAAGCAAAUACUUUUUCAUAAGAGCGAUAAUGUAGAAGCUUCAGAAAAAGACUUUUUCAGACAACGACAAGCUAAGAAUGUUAGAGAUGACUGUAAUAAACUGUGUGUGCAAGCAGAUGCUCUUUUGAUCAAAUCCCAGGAAAAAGAAAAAGGACAGCUUCAAGUAGCUACACCACUGAGUGAUGUAGAAGUUGCAAAGGCCAGAGAAACAAUGGAUGCUCCAUACAGCAAUCCUAAAUCUUUAAUGGCUGCUAAGAUGAAACACAGAAGAUGUGUAAUGAGGUCUUCAACUCUACACAGAAAUUUAAAAGAACUAGGAAAUGAGGAAUGUAAAUAUAGGGAUGCUAUCUUUGGAGUUGCAAACCAAAAAUAUUCUAGUGCAAUAAAUCCUCAAAAGAACAAUAAUGAAUUUUCAAAAGCUGAACAGUUUGGUACAGAUGCAAGUGAAAAUGUUGAGAAAGCUCUUCAGGUUUGUAAUCCAUUUCCUACGAAAAGUGCAAAAUGUAAUGAUAAUUGUGAAGUUUUUGAAGAAACUGUUAGCCGACAGUUAAGUGAAAAUUUAUUAGAAGAUCAAGUAAAGUCUCAUAUUUCAUCAGACUCAUCUCGGUAUAUUUUCUUAUGUCAACCAAAGUCACAGAGUGAUAAAGAAUUGACAACGAAAAGUUUCAGUGAGAGAAUGAAUUUAACUUCUGAAAAAGAGCAAUCAUAUCGAAGAAAAUCAGAUCAACCAGAUCAGAUCACUGGUAUAAAAAGAAAUAAUAAAUGUUCCCUUCAAGGAACUUACUCUGUUCCCUCUACUAGAAUGAAUAAUGACUUGGAAGAAAGCUGUGAUAUACUCAAUCAGAAAUUCGCUGAUCAGCUUAGUAAAAAACAACACAAGAUACGACGGAAACGUUUUAGUGGGUUUAUGCAAAGAAAAAAUUAUAGCCUUCCUGAUCUGAGAGAAAAAACAAAUCAAAAUUAUGUCCAACCUAAUUCUUAUGAUGAUUCAGGCAUCUUUGAUACACCACAGUUCAUUAAGUCACAACAGUUUAAAACCUCAAAUCUUGAUGACUUUUCAACAAGAAUACAAGGACCCAGAGACAGUAAAGGUUCUCAUCAAGACAGUCAAAAGAACAAAAUUAGUAUAAAUAACCAAAUUUUACAAAGACAAGAAACAUCUAUGACAGAAUGUAAUUACUAUCCAGAGAAAAGUGAAACAGUGUUCACACAUCAUUUAUUAUCUGCAAACAAGUCAUCACAAAACGUCAAUAGUAAAAUAAUAAUGGACAGAAGUUUAACAAGUAAAUUUCCUCACCAUUUAAAAAGAUCAAAUUAUUUGGCUUCUGAAUACUUGCCUGAUACUAAUGGAAGUCAGAAAAAUGAUAGUCACUGUUCAAAGUUACAAGGUUACAAUACCAAGAAAACGAUACUACCAAAAUUUCAAAGUAGUCAGCAAGAGCUCAUCACCUCUUUCAACAAUAAAACUAAAGAACCUAUCAGUAGAUAUGGAGAAACAGAGAUCAUCAUUCCACAGGACUUGUUUAAAAAUCACUCUUUGAAAGAAGCGGAAUGGAUUAAUCAACUACAGCAAAAGCAGAUUCACUUGUUGCAGAGAAGGCGACUUCGGUCUUAUAGAAAUCUUAGACUUGAUGAUUCACAGUCUGUUGACAAAGGGGCAUUGUACAAAAUUGUAUCAGAAGCACAGAAAACUCGUGAAGGUAUGAACUUUCACCAGCUGCUACAAGGGACUAAGAUGGAAUUUAAUAGAAAUACCAAAAGGAGUAAAACAUAUGCAUCACAUGUUAAAUGUUUACAGUUAGAAAAAGACUCUGCAUCAAGAACUGAAUCCAUUAUCAAGCCUUCUGGUCAAAUUGAAAGUGUUUUUGGAGAUGAGAACAAAAGUUUUGCAGAACCUGUUCAAGUGACUGGUGAUAUCAGUCUAUCACUAUUAAGUGACAUGCCACUUACAGUGUCAAAACAAUCUGAAUCACAAAAUAUAAUAUAUCCAACAGUGUGUGAAAACAAAUUAUUUGAAGGACCACCUGAUUAUGAAACUACACUUAAACGAUUGGAAUUAUUACGAAAUAAAUGGGCAUCAAAUGAUGCAACUAUUUUUUCAAUGUGUGCAGGCAGGCAAAGCAAGAGUAAAGUUUCUGAGAUAAAAAAGACAUUCCCAGAGCACACAAAGUUUGUUUCUAGCUAUCAUAGAAAGAAUUUUAAUUUAUCUGAUCAAACCAAACAAAAAGAUGGAAUACAGUCUUUGUGUGAUAGAGUUUCUAAAGGAAAUCCACAUCCAGGAAAAAGCAGUAGAAAGUGUAAAAUACCUUAUUUCUCCACCUGUGAUAGUAUUUCACAUUCCUUAAUCUCACCUAGAAAGAAACAGGGCUCUAAAAAAUGCGUAACAUUCUCCGAUCAAGUUGUUUUAGUGUCUUGCAUAGAAGAAAAAAAGAAUGAUGCAGUAGUUUCAAAUACCCAAAUCAUGAAAAUGCAAGAAAAGAGUUCAAUGCAAAAAAAACUGUUUGGUUGCGGGUUAAGUAACAGAGAGACCAUAUCGCCAAAGAAAAAAACUUAGUUCAGAAAAAUCCUUUUCAUAUUUAACCCAAACAUUUUGGUAAUUCCACCAGAUGUUUAUUGUUCUAACUGUAAGAAAUACUUGGAUAAGUUUAUGCAAAACUGGUAAACUACAACCCAACAAAAUUUUAUUAGAAAUUAUAUUCAUAUACUUACUUCUCAAACUAUAACAAAAUAUUAAAUUUACAACUGUUUUUAUUAACACUGAUAAAUGUGAUAGCUUUAUACCUUAAUGUUGUAAAUUUUACAAGGAUUUUCUUUAAUGCUGAAUAUUCUUUUAAACAGACAUAAUUAAUACUCAGAAAUACUAUUAAAGAAUGUUUACUUGCUGAUAUUGUAAAUAUAUAUUCAUAAUACAGUAUUUAAGUAACUCUGAAUUGGUCAAGUAGAAUAGUUAGGAGGGACAAAGUUUUGCAAAAAGUAAUCUCAUUUGGAAAUAUGUUAAGUGUUUUUGAAUUUGUACAUAAUGUCAUUGCAUCUGACAUAUAAAUACACAUAUACACACAUAUUUUUAUAUAA